CGCGUCGCUCCCUUCCUCCUCCGCUGAAUCUCCUCGCGCGCACAAUGGACGUUAUUUUCCUGGUAGCAUGUUGUAUUUGCUUAGUGGCUGGACGCCCACAAUAUGCCAACCCUGCCGCCACGCCCGUUCCCAUCCUGGUGGACGAAAGGUUGCCCAUCGACCUGCAGGGAGGCUACGGAUUCAGGAUCCUGACGGGAAACGGCAUCGCGUGGCAAGAGACAGGAGCGGCAGCCUCUAAGAGUGGACAGUACACGUUCACCCAUCCCGACGGCACUCCCCACACCCUCUCGUACACCGCGGGCGUGGGCGGCUUCCAGCCUGUGUCCGACCUCCUCCCGACGCCUCAUCCUCUCGAACCUUGGCAUAUCGAACAGAUCCGAUUCGCUGAAAGCCAAAGAGCGGCGGCGGUGGCGGCAGCUUCAGCAGCGACGGCGGUUUAGAUUAAGAAAUAGAAGGUCGUCUUCUUGUUAUGCUGUUAAUUCUGUUUGUUUUCUUUUUACUUACACUUUGUUAUAUGAACAUGAAUAAAAUAAUAAUCUGAA